UCAAAUCAAAUUUACCGAAUAGUCCGAAAAUGCUGAGUUCUCAAGCAGCUGUAUUUCUGGACAUUUUUUUGAUAAGACAAUGGGUUUUGGCUAUAAACCAUGUUUAGUGAAUAGAAUAAAACCGUUAACCAAAACCCAAGUGCGGUGACCGGGUUGACUGUUAUGAAAACCUGUGUUAUUUAGGGCGGAGUCUUACGCUGAUGUGUGGAUCCUGGAGUUGGUGUGUUGUGAGAUUCGUUAGAUCCUAAACUCUUUUAUGGCCUGCUGCUGAUUUGAUCUACCAAACGGUCUAAAUUUCCAAGGAUGUCGGGGUCUGCGGCAAGCACGUCCGCGCUCGGCGGGCUCGGGGGCUCGCUCGAGGAGAAGGACGGUGAUCUCCUCUGUCCGGUCUGCUUCGAGCUCAUAGAGGAGGCCUACGUCACCCGCUGCGGCCACUCGUUCUGCUACGCGUGCAUCGCCAAGUCCGUGGAGCUCCAUCGAAGAUGUCCCAAGUGCGGGGCAGCCUUAGCUUCCAGAGAACACAUAUUCCCGAACUUUCUGCUAAAUGAGCUAGUGGCGAAGAAGCGCUUGGCCAGGCCGAGGCCCAGCACACCCGGGUCUAGCGUCGGUCAGCCCUCGGGCGACGCUGAGCGCCUCCGCGCGCUCGUCGCGUCCUCGUCCCGCCACCUCGCCAUGCCGGACGUGGAGCGCAUGCUGGACGUGCUGCAGCGCAGGAAGCGGCUGCUGGAAGCGGAGUCCGCCGCCGCCCACCACCGACUGCUGUACGAGUUCCUCAAACAGCUGCACCGGCACAGAUCUCACCAGCUGGAGCAGUUGGCACGCGAAGCGCAACUGGUGAGGAAGGACAUGGAACACGUGUGCGAGGUGCUCCGCGACCUGCGCUCCGGUGCAGCGUCACUGGCUAAGUUGCCGGCAGUCGCGUCUGAUGAAGAAGAAGCGGCGCUGAGGUGCGAACUCCAGACUUUGGCGGGAAACGUGGGCGACAGCGCUGGCCAACUGAACGAAAGCCCAGGCAGUCCCACAGGUGGGCCGGGAAUCGAGGAGGAAAGUUUCGCGUCCAGCGUCGGUGGAACUGACGCGUUGGCGUCAAGAUGGCGGCGACUGACGCAGCAUUUUGACGACUUCGUGCAGUGCUACUUCGCGCACCGCGCGGACGAGCUGUACUUCCCGGGGGCGGAGUCCCCCGCGGCGCCCGCGUCGCCCCCCGGCGCCCGCGCCCCCGCAGCCCCCGCCCCCGCCCCCGCCGGCGUCUGCGACGACCACGUGCCGCAGGCGCCGGCGCUGGCGCCGCACGCGCCCGGCGACCAGACGGCGCCCGACACACACAUCGGAUCCACAUCGAACAUGUCCAUGGGUCCAGCCCUGGAGGACACAAGCCGCGCGGCGAGCGCGGCGGGCGGCGGCGGGGGGCUGCGGGGCCUCGACGCCUUCCGCGAGGACCUCGUCGCCUUCACGCGGUACCGCGCGCUGCGGCCCCUCGCCACCCUCUCGUACUGCAGCGACGCGAUCAACUACUCCACCAUUGUGUCAACCAUAGAGUUCGACAAAGAUGAAGAGUUUUUCGCCAUAGCCGGCGUGACGAAAAGAAUUAAAGUGUUCGAAUUUGAGGCGGUGGUGCGCGAUGCGGUCGACGUUCAUUACCCGUGUGCGGAAAUGCAGUGUUCGCAUAAAAUUUCUUGUGUCUCGUGGAACGCUUACCACAAAAAUGUGAUCGCUUCGUCGGAUUACGAGGGGACGGUAUCCGUUUGGGACGCUGGGACCGGACAGCGAACAAGGGCGUUGCAAGAACACGAUAAGCGGUGCUGGAGUGUGCAUUUUAAUCGUGCAGAUGUGAGAUUACUGGCCUCCGGGUCGGACGAUGCGAGGGUGAAGCUGUGGGCUCUGAACGCAGAGCGGUCCGUGGCAACGUUAGAAGCUAAAUUCAACGUGUGCUGUGUCCGGUUCAAUCCGCGAUCGUCCUGCCAUCUGGCGUUCGGAUCGGCCGACCACUGCGUUCAUUACUACGAUCUACGUGCACCGAGGACUCCAUUGGCCGUGUUCAGAGAUCAUCGGAAAGCGGUGUCUUACGUGAAAUUCCUCGAUGCUAAAACCUUAGUGUCCGCAUCGACGGACUCCCAGCUAAAAUUGUGGAGAGUGGAGUCCCCUAGAUGCGUAAGAUCUUUCACUGGACAUGCCAACGAGAAGAACUUUGUCGGUUUAGCUACGGACGGAAAAUAUGUUGCUUGUGGAUCGGAGAAUAAUGCCUUAUAUGUGUACUAUUCCGGUUUAUCUCGACCGCUAUUGGCGUAUAGAUUUGAUGCAGUGAGAGGGUUCCUGGAAAGGGAGAGGCGGGACGAGGAGCCCUCGGAGUUCGUGUCGGCCGUGUGCUGGCGACGGGCCGCGGAUUCGCGUGUGCUUCUAGCCGCCAACAGCCAAGGAACUAUCAAAGUGUUAGAAUUGGUUUAAUUUGAAAUGAAACGUCAGUAACAUGGACAAAUUUCCGCGGAGAAGACGUGCCAAUGUGUUAUCUAUCUCUCUCUUAUCUAAGAGUGUGUGUUGUAAUUUUCUUCCAUUGCCAUAGUGUACGCAGUUCAAUUUCCUAUAUUUCUCUUCCACUACAGACUAAUGCAUCUCCGCACCGACGCUCCCCGGCCUUAGAAUCUGGGGUCUACCAUGAGACACAAAGCACGUAGCACGUCAUUGCGUCCACACAUACUUUUUUACACGAUGCGUACACGAUAUGGGAUAAAGAGACAGUUUGUGGACGUUACUAGGUACUACGUAUUUGAAUGUUUUGUGGUAGGCCUUCAAAAGGCGAGCUCCUGGUCGUAUCGCUUUAGUCUCUUUACAUAACUGAUGUUGGAUGUCGUCUUCUUGGAUUCUCGGAGUGUAAAUAUGUACCUAUAGAGUAUGUGAAGCGGCGGCGGUGUAAUGGUUAAGACGCCAGCCUGUGGAUCGAAAGGUCCCAGGUCGAAUCCUACUCGUGCCACACGAGUUUGUAUACCAAUUUGACUGAAGGCAAAGGCAAACCACUCCAUUAAUAAUGCCAAGAAAGUUGUUGUGUGUGUUUUAUUCCACAUAACCACGACCCUCAGCCAUGAGGAAUACGACUAUGAACAAGAAGAGUACGUAAUACCACAUUUAUAGGUAUAUAUAUAAGUUACCUCGGCAUUGUUCGACGGCGCAGUAUAGCACAACCGACCGCCGACUCUGGCCGAAUGAAACCAUUAGUGAAAUAACGAACUUAUUGCUACUACAUAAGAUUCUAAAUCCAAAAACAACAGGAGUCGUGCUAUCUCGCUCAUAACAAUUGUACGAUCGCGUCGGGGCGUGGCGCGUACGCACGCAUUAGCCAAUAGCGAACGGUUUUGUUCGCGCGUCCAAAUGGCGCGCUAUGAUUGGCGCAGAUAUUUUCGCGCCGUGCAAAAAAUUUAUUUCUGCGCAGGUACAUCACACAAAAGGUCAAAAUGUUUUGUGAACAUGACAUAUCCGAAUUCCGGAUGUCAAUCCGAUUUCUGCGACACGAUGUUUCGCGUGUCGCGAUUAGACAUCACUAUGAAGAAAGGCUCAUAUACUAGCACUCUGUUGUCCAAACAUAAGUUGAACCAAAAUGGCGACCGCCAGCGCCAGGUUUAAUCCAUAUAUAUAAAUCUCUUCCGUUACUGAGUGACUGACUGACAGACAACGCACAGCGGAAACUACUGGGCGUAGAAAGCUGAAAUUUGGUGUGUAUGUUCCUAGGACAGUGUAGGGUAGCACUAAGACAGGAUUUCCUGAAAUUUAUGUGCAGAAAAUUAUACAUUUUUAUAUUCUAACUCCAAACAUAAGUUGAAUCAAAAUGGCGACCAUAUAAAACUCUCGCGUUACUUGAGUGACUGUCUGACUGACUGACGGACAACGCACAACGGAAACUACUGGGCGUAGAAAGCUGAAAUUUGGUGUUUAGGUUCCUAGGACAGUGUAGGAGAGGAGCAUUCAGAAGGGAUUUCCUUAAAUUUGUGUGCCGAGGAUUGCACAUAUUUAUAUUCUAAGUUACACCCAGUCCAUUGUGUGUUUCUUCAUUGGUCACAAACCAGGAUAUGAUAUGUAGAUGUUUCUUGAUAUUAAAUUUGUAAUCUUUGUAUGUUGACAAUGCUCAAAUCACCUGUUAUGGCAGUUCGUAGGUCCAUAAGGUCUCUGAAUCACUAAUAAUCUUAAACACCCUAUAAUUUAAUAAUGGAGCCAUUUCAACAAUUGAUUCAGCAUAUAGAUAGUUCGGUGAGAAAAAAUUACUCACGGUGUGCAGUAAGCGGUCUUGAUUGCGUGAAUUAAAAGGUCCAAAAAUCACAGCAACAUUUAUAAUAGUUUAUUAAGACACGAUAAGGCACAUUUGCACAGCACGAAAGCUUAUAGAAGGACAAGAUGAAAGAUGAAUGAAGUUGAAAAGUGAAAAUAACAUUCCACAGGCGCCAUUUUGAAUGUCAAACUAAUUAAAUAAACACCUAGAUUGUAAGAUUAUUUAAAUUUAUUCAAUGUCCUAAAGCUAUAGGUAAGAGUGGAGCCAGUAUUCACAAAAUCUUUUUGAUUCGAAGUACAUAUGUUCUUAUCACUUUCAUAUGUAGCGUACAUACGACCUCUCUUUCUUGCAUACGGUGACUCCUUCUUCAUCUACGCUUUGGAAUAUGGCAGUAGACUUAUCCUAUUAUUCUAUUAUCCGGUUAUUGCUAACACUAGUGUCAGAUUUUAUUCAAGUCGCCUAAAGACAUCUGACAUGACUUACAACUACUUACCGACAUCUAGUGGCAGAUAGUCGCGUACGCACUAGUGAACUAAACUGUCCACCAGUGUGCAGGUUUCCUCGCGAUGUUCUCCUUCACCGGAAGCAAGUGGUGGUCGAUGAAAACUUACUAUACACGAGUCAGAUUUGUGUACAAACUCGUGUGGCACGAGUAGGAUACGAACUUGAGACCCUUCGAUCCACAGGCGGGCGUCUGCGUCACCUAUUAGCUUAGAUUAUAUUAGCUUAAAGUUUUUUUAUCAAUAACAUGAUUAGUUUUUUUAUUUGUCUGGUGUUCGAACGAUUUUUGGGAAAAAAUAAAUGUUUUUUUUCCUUUUUUAAACAAAUUUUUUGACGUCAUUAAAUGAUGUAUUAUAUCUAAAGUUAAAUUUGGCCACACAUCAUAGCUAAUUUACAUAUACCACGGAUAAGAAAGUGAGGUUGGGCUACCGAUGAAAGAGAUAGAAAUAUAUUCACCUUGCGUCAAACAAAAAGUUAUUACAAACUAGAUAUAGUCUUAAUUUAUAGCUUCAUAUUAAAUCGUUUUUGAGCCCAACACUGCCCGCGCUGUGUCCCCUGUGAUGUGAAAGCUGGCUUUUGUCUAAAACCGCAUUAGAAAUUGUCUAGUUUGGUGUGUAUAAUCUUAUUAUAAAAUGUACUAGUGUUGCCGGAAAGUCGAUAGUUUUUUUUUUAUCGAUAGACAGUUUUUAUUAUUAAGCUGAGGGUUGACAUCAGGCAGAUUGUGAAAUCACAACAGGAUUUUGAAAAUUUUAAAGUUUGUUUUUACACUGACCACUGUCUUCGCGGCUUCACAACCCGGAACGCAACUGCGAAUUUAUUAUUUUUGACUGUCGAUAGUAUAGCUGCAACAAUCUAUAGCGUAUAAAAACGGAGUUAAUCAGACUUUUACAGGAUCUAUAUAAAAUUUUAUUAAUUUUUGAAUCAUAUCGCGGCAUACAUACAAGGUCGUAAAGAGCGAACCUAUCGCUUUAGCUUCCUAAUGAUCGAUAGUGAGUUAUUUGAUGGGAAAAAUUUUACGGCUAAAUAGCUGAAUCGAUUAUGAUGAAAUUUGGUAAGGUUAUGGUUAUAACAAAUAAUGUUAGUCUAUUUUAAAAAUAUAACAAUGAGAACAUUUCUGUAAUCGAGCGGGAAUUGAACCCGCGCCCCUGUCUAUCCGGGACAGUGCUCUAGACCACUGAGCUAUCGAGACCGUGCCAGUUCGGCCGAAUCAAUUCAUCUCUUCACGUCUCACGCCGACGUACAGUAUUUUCAUUAGAGAGUAGCGGAUAAUCUUAACCCGCCGCUGAAAACACAAUAUUUUCUGUUCUGGUGUUAGGUCCUACAUUUGUAGAAACAAUUGUGAGAAUUUUAACUUAAUAAGCGUACAAGAUUGAACAUUUAAAAGUUUCUGCUGAGUUUUUUUUUAUAUCAUUUGGCAAAUAAUUUUACAAUAGUUUAAAACAAAACGUGACAUUUAACCACAAGAAAAGGUAUCUUAUGGAGGGUCCCUAUACAAGUUUUUAAGUUAGACUAUCCGCUAUACAGGGUUACUGGUAUCAAACGCAAAACCUCCUAAAGACUACUCGGGUACAUCAAAACAAGCCACUUUUAUUCUACGACUUUUCGUGAUUAGCAGUUUUUUUUUUUCAUAUAAAAAAAUACAAUCUAAUUUGCGAUUCUACACAUGUUAAUUAUAUGUAAUAGCCGAGCGACACGAGACAGUACAGUAGCGUUAUGUAGCGGAAUCGGACAUAGAGUUAACGUUUUAUAGAAACGACAUUCAAACUAAAAAUAGGGAAUUUUUUGUAUUUAUUACGUUUAGACAAAAGUCGUAGAACAAAAGAUGUUAGUACCUUAUGCGCCUUUGGAAGGUUAUGCGUUAGAUACCAGUAACCCUGUAUAACUGAAAACCACAUCAAGUGUCAAUAAAAACGUUCGUUCUUGUACGCAUUAUGUACAUAUUUACGUUAGAUUGUAGUAUGUGGAAGUCCCCAAAUGUGUAGUCUGUAUUUGUUUGACAACAAUUGAGAAUUUCUCUAUGAUAUCCGGACACACCGGGGCCCUGAGCUGUAGGCUACCUCCGGGGUGGCAUAUCGUGUACGGCCACCAGAUAUGGUGGUUAGCUGCGAAUAUGUUGAACAAGAAGUCGCCGACCACACAGCGGCAGCGUGGUGGGAAACCCGGUCGAACGGGUUCACCUAUAAAAUGCCACAAAUGUAUAAUGAUAACGUUUGCGACGUGGCGACUAAAGACCGCCAUCAAAUAGGUCCUUCCCUAGUGUUGAGCAGUGAAAAUACUAGUACUGGCAGAGAGCCAAAGGCAAAUGAUUCCGGAAAGGUCUUAGCUGGGAUUAUAAACAACGGUGUGGAAGGCAAGUGGAGAAGUCACUACACUAUAUUCUCUAGAAAUUGAGUAUGGAAAUGACAGAAUUAGAUGGAAAAUGCUCCACUGACAAGAACAAAGUUCUUAAAUUAAUUGUCGAACACAGUGGCGCCAGCAUAAUUUUAUUUAACUUAAUUCUCAAAAUAUUCCAAAACGUACAUUUAUAUGGAUACAUCAGAUGAUUAAUUUUAAAACUCAAUUUAAAUGGUUUGUAAGAUGUUUUCAAUCAAUCGUGGUUUUUAAAUUGAAAUUUUAAAAAAAGCAUUUUAGUGUCGUGUGCCCACAGAAUCGUCAAGCCCCGGUCGGAUCGUGGUUGAAAAUGUUUUUUUUUUGUUAGCCUGGGUCUUAGAUAUACAUAACCACAAUACAUAAUCUAUUUGGUGUUUUUUUUUUAAUUUACACUUUUGAUAGGCACUAACGAUUUACGAAACUAUUCACACUGUAAAAUAUAGUUUCAUUGAGUUUGUAUCACAUAACACAAAUCUGUAACUUUCCAUAUAAAUAUAUAUAUGUAUAUACUCAGUUGUUGUCAAAUGAAUAAAACAUUUUAUGGUCGUGGCCUUCUCCUUUGUGCCAAAAUAGCUCAGUCCAGCGUUCCAAUGAGAAAAAAAUAAUCACUCAUGACCAUUGCAAAGUCGCUCCCGGCUGUCUGUCUAUCUCUAUUCCUUUAUUGGUAUUAAUGGUUGUGGCUAUUAUCAUCCAAAAUGUUAUUUGAACCUUCCGAGUGUAAAAUUUUUCAAUUUAUCCCGGUAAUAAAUAAAAUUUGGGAAGAAAUGUGUAUAAAUUGAAAUAUUUCCGGCGGUCGGAUAUAUUUCGGGUAGAAAAGCUCAUCUCCUACUAUAACAUGUAAAAAAUAAUAAAUUUAGAAACAGUACCACAGUACACACGAUUUAGAAGAGCCCCGUCUGGUACAACAGCACACCAACCUACCCAAAUUCCUUGCAAACUCGCCGUUAUUACCGCGCCAUAGCGGUUCAUGCAGGGAAACUUGAUGUGCUGUUGACUGUACCAUAUUUUCUUUCAUAUUUUUUCUUACAUAUUUCGUGGAACCGACGAAAUUGGACUGUAGGUACACAACAGUUCACAAUUUGAGAAGAGUUUGCUGUGAAAUUUUGUGGGAACGCUGGAUUGAGUUUGGGUCUGAGUAAUGUUUCGCUCUUGUGAUAUCUAUGUGUAGUGUCUCGUGUAGAAUGUGUUUUAAUAAAUGUUUCAUUUGCAAUCACUAAGUAAAUAAGUAUAGUUUGAGCUAAAGUAAGUUUUGUCUCGAUCUGUCAAUGUCAAAUGUUUUACAGUGACAAAGCAUACUUUAGCAUAAAAUUUUCUUUAUCUUUUUUUUUAUGAAUAACAGGAAAUUUAUGCAGUCUGUCUAUAUACUGAGUAGAAAACGGUUGUUAAAGAACUUUUUUUUCCCAUUCGACAUUUAUUUUCUAUUUUUUAUUUCGAGACAGACUUCUAGAAAUACCCUAUCGGCUAAAAGCUCGCCGAACUUAGCGGGUUCGAUGUACAUUGCUGGAUUUAUAUUGAUUUUUCUAUUGAUUUAUUGGCGUUCAUGUAUAUAUUAUUAUUAAUAUAGUAUCGUUGAGUUAGUACUAACCACAAAUAUAUGACCAUUACAUUGAAAUGGCCUUAUAUCUGUGGUACUAACUGAAGUAACUUUGGGGCUAGCUCAAUCUGUUAGAUUUGUCCAUAUAUAUUUAUUUGUUGAUACAAUAUAAGUUGAUUCGCGUCCGAAUAAGCUGUUUUCAUUGUUUUACCUCGUGUAUAGAAAUGCGUUAAAAUAUAUAAUACAGAAAUAUACCAUCUUAUUUGUAAGCUAAAACAAUAAAUUAUGUGAGAAUAAUCCUCAGAGAGAUAAUUGUUAAUAAUUAAGUGGUGCAGUAAAGACUUCAUAUCCCCCCU